AUGCCGCUAUCAGUUCACGUAUUCAAAACUCUAUCUAUCUAUCGACCGAUCUAUUUUAAUAAUCUAUAUAUCUAUCUCUUCUAUCUAUCUAUCUAUCUAUCUAUCUAUCUAUCUAUCUAUCUAUCUAUCUUAAUUAUUUAUCUUUCCGUCUGUUUCACUUAUCUAUCUUCCCUUUUAUCUAUCUAUCUAUCUAUCUAUCUAUCUAUCUAUCUAUCUAUCUAUCUAUCUAUUUUAAUUAUUUAUCUUUCCGUCUGUUUCAAUUAUCUAUCUUCCCGUCAGUUUUUAUCUAUCUAUCUAUCUAUCUAUCUAUCUAUCUAUCUAUCUAUCUAUCAUAAAAAUUAUGGAAUUUCUUUUAUAACACUCAAAUCAUUUUCUAUCUAUCUAUCUAUCUACUUCUUUUCUUUAUCUAUCUAUAUAUCUAUUUUCCUUUGUUUAUCUAUCUAUCUAUCUAUCUAUCUAUCUAUCUACUUCUUUUCUUUAUUUAUCUAUCUAUGUAUCUAUCUAUUUGUUCAUAUUCAUCUCUCUGUUUAUAUCUACCUGUCCGUCUCUGUCUGCUCAUCUCAGUCUCGGUUCAUCUAUCUAUCUAUCUAUCUAUCUAUCUAUCUAUCUAUCUAUCUAUCUACUUCUUUUCCUUAUCUAUCUAUAUAUCUAUUUCCUUUGUUUAUCUAUCUAUCUAUCUAUCUAUCUAUCUAUCUAUCUAUCUAUCUAUUUCUUUUCUUUAUUUAUCUAUCUAUGUAUCUAUCUAUUUGUUCAUAUUCAUCUCUCUGUUUAUAUCUAUCUGUCCGUCUCUGUCUGCUCAUCUCAGUCUCGGUUCAUCUAUCUAUCUAUCUAUCUAUCUAUCUAUCUAUCUAUCUACUUCUUUUCCUUAUCUAUCUAUAUAUCUAUUUCCUUUGUUUGUCUGUCUGUCUAUCUAUCUAUCUAUCUAUCUAUCUAUCUAUCUAUCUAUCUAGCAAGCUAGCGAGAUAA